CUCUGCGCUGUAAGCAUUAAUAAAAUAUCGGUUUCAAUGACAUAACCUCUCAAGAGAAGUUCGAAGGUGUUCAACGCUAAACAUUGAUUUCGCGGAUUUGGAGAAGUUACAUUAUUCAAGCUGCAUAAGAUAUACUUCGUGAGAAUGUAGAAUUUGUCACUCUGCACUGAAUAUACGAACGAAGUUUUAAGAUCUCUCACUUCACUUAUUAAAUGUUGAUUGUAUAGACGUAAUACCAUUGAUAGAUCGUAGAGAGAAUCCCGAGCAAGAAGAUUUAGUUAUUUGAGUACAUCUACUCAUUCUAUCCAUCUAGGGGGGCCGGAGAAGCAUCAACAUGGCGAAGGUCAACACACGUGUUUUCUUCGAUGUAGAAGUUGGUGGGCUUCCAAUGGGUCGUAUAGUUUUUGAACUUUAUUCAGACAUUUGUCCAAUAACAUCUGAAAAUUUUCGUGCUCUUUGUACGGGAGAAAAAGGUUUAGGAAAAACAACGGAAAAACCUUUGCAUUAUAAAGGCAUUGUUUUUCAUAGAGUCGUUAAAGAUUUUAUGAUACAAGGUGGAGACUUUUCAGUAGGAAAUGGUACAGGUGGGGAGUCUAUCUAUGGCGGCACAUUUCCAGAUGAAAACUUUAUUAUCAAGCACAGUAAACCAUUUUUGUUAUCAAUGGCAAAUCGUGGUAAAGAUACAAAUGGUUCACAAUUUUUUAUUACAACGCAACCAGCGCCUCACCUCGACAAUGUGCAUGUGGUUUUCGGCGAAGUCGUCUCUGGUCAAGAGAUCGUAUCACACAUCGAAGGACUUCCUGUCGACCGUAUGUCCCGUCCGCUUCAAGAUGCUAAGGUCGUAAACUGUGGAGAACUUGUAUUAAAACUGAAGAAUAAACCUAAAAAACGAGAAGUAAAGAGUAGUUCAUCAGCAUCAGACUCGGACUCAUAUGAAGGGAAAUCCAAGAAGCGGAAGAAAAACAAGAAAAAUAAAAAAAGGGCGAAGUCUGAAGAAGGCGAGGUUCCUGAUACGGAGGAUGAGAGUCAAAAGAUUCACCCACUUGUAUCGGUCACAAAAAUCGAUCCAGACGAAAUACCUGAAGUACCAGCAAAUAAAUUCCUGUAUCGAGCAGGGCCUACUAAUAACGCUAAUCAGAAAGAAUUUCGGCAGCAUUAUGGAAGAGACCGGUUACGUAGUCAUAGAAAAACAGGCAGAAUUUUCAAAGGAAGGGGCAUUUUUAGAUACCAUACCCCUUCGCGAAGCCGUUCUCGAAGUGUAACACCUCCACACUGGAAGCAAGCUCAGAAUCGCACAAUAAAGUUGCAUGAAUUUCAGAAACUCGAGAAGGAGCGAUUAAAAAAAGAAGAAGAUGCCAAACAGCGGGAAACUGAUAGAAAAAAGAAGUUUAUAGAGCACGAUGGCGAAGAGGAGGCUGAAAAAUCAGUCAACGACGACGCUAAGAAACCAGACGGUUCGGAGUGUAAAGAAAACAAUAAAGUAAACACGAAGGAAUUUCCGGAGCAGAAUUCUCAGAAUGAAGACAAUAAAAAUGCUAAUGCGAAAAAUGAUACCAUUUUAUCGGAUAAAACGGAGUCGAAGCGACGAGAUGAAAAAACAAUGAGGCGUGAUCGUAGUCGAUCUCGCAUUGACAAAGGACCUAGACGAAGUCCCAAAGAUAGACGCAGCUUCAGAAGGAGUGGCCGUUCUAGGUCCAGAGAAAGACGGAGAUCUAAAGAAAGGAAUUAUGAUCGCAAAAACAGAAGGACUUACUCUCCGCGUAGAGACUCUAAUAGAUUUCGUAGAUCUAGCAGAGACAGAUACAGACGUCGUGACAAGCGCAGCGAGGAGAAAAAAGUUAGCGGUACUGAAAAUAAAAAAGGCGACACAAAUUCAGCGCUUAAUAACAAAACAAAAGACAUUGACGCUUCGUCAAACUCUGCGUUGAAUCCAGUCGCACAGCCGAAAUUCAAGCGUCGAUCGCGCACUUCUAGUUCUAGCAGUCAGCAUUCUAAAGAGUAGAAUGCAAAAUAUGCACAUUUGACCCAUUGAUAAGGUUUAAAUGUCCCAGAAGUGAAAUUAAUCUAUUCCCACUUGCAUUUCUUCACUGAUUCUAUACACAUAUUAGAACGCGCCAGAAAGUUGCAUUUUCUCUUCGACCACUCGCCAUAAACGGCAUUAAUGUAUUACUAAAAUUGAAUUUUCGAUUGCCGUUUUUAACAAAUUUAUGUGCACUGGGUUUAAUCUUCGAUACUGUAGUAACUUGAAGGCUCUAGUAAACGUAAAUCGGCCAGUUUGAAUUAAUGGCGUCAGAGGCAAGGAAAUCGCAUGAAAUUCCCAGACUGGUAUUUUUCAAAAUGAAUGACAUUUUUUACAAAAACUAACACUGGAAGAAAUUACAUAGUCAGGAAAUGUGUCGAUGGGUCAGUUUUUGACGGAUCAUGCACUAGGAAACCAGAUUAAUUUCUGAGAAUCGACUUGCCAAGGUCAGUGACAGGCUUAUGAUUACAAGGGUAAUAAUCACAAGAUAGACAUCCCAUCAACAGGAUGAUAGUAGACAUCAAUAUCAUCUCAAACACGGACUUACCGACAUAUUUUACAUAUCCACCACGGGUCCAAAAUAACAAUUAUUUUUAUUGUUUUGAUUACGAAUAACCAUUAUAAAUGACUACAUUUUUGUUUGGCUACGAAUUACCAUUAUAGAUGAUUAAAACGGUUUCGAUUACGAAUACCAUUAUCAAGCCUGAAAGGAAAAGGGAACGGAAAAUAAGGACAGCGCAAUUGAGUACACAAGCAAUUACACGUUUAAGAACAAAUCCCAAACCAAUGCAUAGCAAUGUUGUCAGCGCGAUCCGUAGUUGACACUUCGGCAUAAAGCUAUAUACAUUAGAUCUUGAUUUUGUCGUAGCCCAACAUUUUCCGUUCGAGAGUCGUUUGACAAAGUGGGUCAGAUGUUUAAGUCAUCACUUCGAAUAAAUUUUAAUGAGCUUAUAUGACUCACACGGAAACAUUCCGAAGUGUCCGCCCCCGAUCUUAUUGAUUUUCAUAUAUGUUGAAGAACACAAAAAUCUAAGAGACACGUGUUUUUUUAUA